UGUCAUCUCCCAAAUAUCAAUAUUAUCAUUUAUCAGUCCAAAAACUAGGUACAUUAUUCUAAAAAUUGAAAAUUUUGAAUAAAACUCACUAAAAAUGAGUAUAAAUACACGCAAGGGCCCCAUAUUUGACCCCGGACUGUGCAGAUGUUGUGGUGCCAUCAAAAAGUGUCGCCUGUUAAACGUAGAAUACGAGUGGAAUGGCCAAAAAGAAAUAUACUCCGAUAUGUUCAUGGACUGCUUCGGUUUAUUGUUGUCACACUUGGACGGCGCGGCGCCGGGGCGGCUGAUCUGCGCCACGUGCGUGAGUAGACUGCGCGAGGCUGUCAGCUUCCGGCAACAGGUCCUGCGCUGCGAGGAGAGACUCUUGACUCAGAUGCAUGGACCAGAAGGAGAAAGUACUGAAGUGAAAGUAGAAGCUGUGAAGGAAGAGCCAGUCCACAUAAACUCGGAGAUGGAGUACCCCGAGUAUGAUGAUGCAGCUGAGCACAUUGACGAUGACAUAGAAGAACAUGCAUUGCUACCAGCAAAGAAACCAAAGAGAAAAUCCCUCAGGCAAAAGUUGAAAGGAAAUAAGAAAAAUAAAACUAACAAAACAGAGUCAGUUGAUGCUGCAGACAUGUCACACUCCAUCCAAGAUGACAAACUACUAGAAUUUCAACAAUAUAAACUCCAAGGCCCUAUCCAGCCUGCAAAGCAAAAUGGCUGCCGGACGGAGAACUCUAAACUCAAUCACAAUAUACUAACCAUCGUGGAGAACUCGUUCGCUUGCCCGUUCGAUACAUCCUUCAGCGACUACUUCUGCGUAUAUUGCAGGCAGGUGUUCACAGAUCCUCACAAGUUGCGAGAACAUUCCAUGAGCCAUGACCCAAAAACCUUCAAGGAUGUCCUAAAAAAUGCUCCCAACAACAAGAAAAUUCAAAUAGACAUAUACAGAAUAGAUUGUAGACUGUGUCCCGAACCAAUUAACGACUUGGAUACCUUCAAAAACCACAUAAUCAACCACGGAAAGAAGUUAGAAAAAGAUUCCAAUGAUUAUCUCAAAUUUAUUUUGACACCCGGGACUUUGAAGUGUACAGAGUGCGAAGCGACAUUUGGUUUCUUUCAUGCGUUGAAAAAACAUAUGGCUGAGCAUUUCGGGACUUGCAUAUGCGAUGUAUGCGGCGCGCAUUACUUCGAAGAACGGAUGCUGGUGCUGCAUCAGAAAACUCAUCAGAGGGUCCAAGAAAAUUUUCAGUGCAAGGAAUGUGGGAAGAAUUUCAAGUCGAAGUACACCCGGUAUAUCCAUAUAGCUAGGACUCACAAGAAGGAAGCAGCUUACCAGUGUAACUCGUGCGACGAAUCGUUUUUCUCGUACGCACUCCGCUAUCGCCACAUGUCGGCGGCACAUGGGCAACAGCGCUCGUUCCCGUGCGGCGCCUGCCCGCGCGCCUACGACAGCCGCAAGUCGCUGCGGGAGCACACGCGUCGCGCGCACCUCGACAUCCGCAAACACCACUGCGACCUGUGCGACAAGAGGUUCUACCUGCCCUCGAGGCUGAAGGAGCAUAUGGCGAGCCACACGGGGGAAAGGAACUUCCGCUGCGAACGCUGUGGCAAGAGCUACCCGCGCCUGCGCGCGCUCACCGUGCACCUGCAGUCGCACGCCGGCGCGCGUCACGCGUGCCAGCUGUGCACUGCGCGCUUCACGCAGAGCGCCGCGCUGCGCAGCCAUGUCAAGCGCCAACACUCGGCCGACACUUGUCUGCAGUGAGCUGAACCGUCACGGACGCCACUUGUCAUGAGUUAAUUGAACACUGGUGCCAGUUGUCAUGAGAUAAUUGGACACUGACGCCCCGAGUCAUGAGUUAAUUGGACACUUACGCCCCAAGUCAUGAGUUAUUUGGACACUGGUGCCACUUAUCAUGACGUAAUAGAACACUGGUUGCCAGUUGACAUGAGUUAAUUGAACAAUUACAUCAAACGACAACAAUAUAAAUACAAAUAACUUGGGUGCCAGUUGUCAUAAGUAAAGUGAACCAUCAGGGACGCCAAUUUUCAUGAGUUACUCAUGCCAGUUGCCAUGAGUUAAUUGAUCACUGGUACCACUUGUCAUGAGUUAAUUGAAUUCUGGUACCACUUGUCAUGAGUUAAUUGAAAUCUGGUGCCACUUGUCAGGAGUUAAUUGAAUACUAGUACCACUUGUCAUGAGUUAUUUGAACGCUGGUGGCAGUUGUCAUGAGUUAAUUGAAGACUGGUGCUAGUUAACAUGGGCACCAAUUAAGGUGCUAUUUGUGUUAGGUUUUGUAAAACCUCCGGUAAUUAUCUUUUAAUUCAAACUCUUGGUUUUGUAAAGUAGUUUCUACUCUGACAUCCCACUCGAUAAAAUAGCAAUAAAAAAAUUUUUGGAGA